AUGAUGGGCUCGGUGCUGCCCGCCGAAGCCCUGGUUCUCAAGACGGGGCUGAAGCCGCCGGGGCUGUCCCUGGCCGAGGUGAUCACGUCGGACAUCCUGCACAGCUUCCUCUACGGCCGCUGGAGGAACGUGCUGGGCGAGCAGCUCUUCGAGGAGAAGGGCCACGGCAACCCCAAGACCGCCUUCACGGCCGAGGUGCUGGCGCAGAGCUUCUCCGGGGAGGUGCAGAAGCUGUCCAGCCUGGUGCUGCCGUCCGAGGUGAUCAUCGCGCAGAGCUCCAUCCCCGGCGAGGGGCUCGGCAUCUUCUCCAAGACCUGGAUCAAAGCCGGCACCGAGAUGGGGCCUUUCACCGGCCGGGUCAUCUCGCCCGAGCACGUGGACCUGUGCAAGAAUAACAACCUCAUGUGGGAGGUCUUCAAUGAAGACGGCACCGUCCGCUACUUCAUUGACGCCAGCCAGGAAGACCACCGUAGCUGGAUGACCUAUAUCAAGUGUGCCAGGAACGAGCAAGAGCAGAACUUGGAGGUGGUCCAGAUUGGGAACAGCAUAUUCUACAAGGCCAUUGAGAUGAUUCCUCCGGACCAAGAGCUGCUGGUCUGGUAUGGGAACUCGCACAACACCUUCCUGGGGAUCCCCGGUGUGCCCGGGUUGGAGGAAGAGCAGAAGAAGAAUAAGCACGAGGACUUCCACACAGUGGACAGCGGGGCCAGCACGACAGGGCGCAUGCGCUGCGUGAUCUGCCACCGCGGCUUCAACUCCCGCAGCAACCUGCGCUCCCACAUGCGCAUCCACACGCUGGACAAGCCCUUCGUCUGCCGCUUCUGCAACCGGCGCUUCAGCCAGUCCUCCACCCUCCGCAACCACGUCCGCCUGCACACUGGCGAGCGCCCCUACAAAUGCCAGGUCUGCCAAAGUGCCUACUCCCAGCUCGCCGGGCUCCGGGCCCACCAGAAGAGCGCCAGGCACCGGCCCCCCAAUGCCUCCCUGCAGUCGCACUCCCCGGCCUUACCCGUGCCCCACCCGGCCUCCUUGGCCCAUCACAUACCCACCAUGGUGCUGUGA